AUGGCAACUACUGGAGGAGUGCUUUCUUUUGUGAAGGGAAUAGAUUUCUCGAGAAAUGAUUUUUCGGGUGAUCGAUUUCCUCAUGAGUUGGAAGCAUGCACGCAAAUGACAUGGCUUAAAUUGAAUCGAUCACAAUUGGAAAGGGUCCCAGAUGAAUUAUCGAGGUUGACAAAUUUGGAACAUUUACAAAUGUCGCGCAACUCGCUCACUUCCGUACACGGAGAGCUUUCUGAUUUACCGAGACUUCGCUCGGUUAUUGUUCGGCAUAAUAAUAUAAAAACUUCUGGAAUUCCGACAGAUAUCUUUCGAAUGAAAGAUCUUACAAUCAUUGAUUUCAGUCAUAAUCAGUUGCGCGAGGUACCACCAAAUUUGGAAUAUGCUAAAGGGGCGAUUGUCAUGAAUUUGUCCUAUAAUAAUAUAGAAAAUAUCCCAAAUCAGGUCUUUGCCAAUUUGGUCGAUCUUAUUCAUGUGGAUCUUUCUAACAAUAAAAUUGACAUGCUACCACCGCAGAUUCGAAGAUUAACCCUUGUACAGGUUUUACUUCUUUCCAACAAUCCGAUGUCUCAUUUUCAAUUGAAGCAAUUGCCAAGCAUGAAAGCUUUACGUGUGCUUCAUAUGCGAAAUACAAAUCGAACUCUUGAUAACAUCCCGCCAAUACUUGAUGAUCUUGAGAAUUUGAUGGAUGUGGAUUUCGCUGAAAACAAUUUGCCGAAAGUGCCAGAAGCGUUGUAUAAGUUGAAAAAGUUGAGAAAGUUGGACUUGAGUGGGAACAAGAUUAGUAAAAUCGAACUCUCGGAUGGCUUUUGGGAAUCACUGGAGACAUUGAAUUUGUCCUCGAACGAGCUCACCGUACUCCCCGAAGGAAUCAUUCGAAUGACGCGAUUGCAGCGCCUUUACGCCAACAAUAACAAACUCACAUUUGAAGGAAUUCCUAGCGGAAUUGGAAAGCUGAUACAAUUAACCGUUUUACACAUGUCGCACAAUAAUUUGGAGCUGGUUCCUGAAGGAUUGAGCAGAUGUGUCAAGCUUCAACGCCUCCGCUUAGAUCACAAUCGACUUUUCACAUUGCCCGAGGGAAUUCACUUGUUACCAGAUUUAGCCGAAUUACAUUUACAUGGAAAUGAGGACUUGGUGGUCCCACCGAAGCCAAGUGAGAAACGUCGAGCUCUCGCUUUUUACAACAUUGAUUUCUCGUUGCAAGGACAGAUGAGAAUGGUCGGACAAUUGAAGAGUGAAAAAGAGCACUCGUCGACCUCGUCGAUCGGCUCGGCGCACAAAGAUGUGGUACAACGCAAAAAGGAUUUUAUUCGUCGACGUCGCCAUCAGGCAGAUGAAAACAGCGCAGACAAAGUGAUCAAGGGAAUGACGAAAAUUGCCGGUGCUACAGCUGAAAUGAAGGAACGCGAGAGAGAGGAACAGGAGAAUGCAGGAAGUCUUUCGAAACCACAAAAUUGGAAGGCUCAUUUGGAGCGAAGUCGAAAUAAAUUGGAUUACUCGGAUAUUUUCGAGGAAGACGUUGGAACUUCGGAGGGACUUUGGAUGUGGGAAAUCGACAAGUUUUAUCCGUCUUUGAUUGAGCCCGAAUUCCAUGGACAAUUCUUCGAGGCGGACGCCUAUCUUGUGUUAAACACAACAGUGGAGACAACUGGCCAGCUUAAACACGAAAUUUAUUACUGGCUUGGUGAACACGCAUCUUUGGAUCGAGCAAUGUGCGCAGCAAUGCAUGCAGUUGGAUUAAGGAAUCAUCUCAAUGCCACAUGCAGAACAACUCGCGAAGAACAAAAUGAAGAAAGUGUGGAAUUUCUUUCACUCUUUGGUGAUGAGAUUAUUUACUUGGAGGGAGCGCGAACGACUUCUGGUUUCUUUACAGUCGAAAAGAAAGUACAUAAGACCAGAUUAUAUCGAGUUUCGGUAAACGGUACGGCUAUUGAGAUGGAGCCGGUGGGCGUCUCCUCUCUAUCACUUGACCCACGAUACGCGUUCUUGCUCGACGCAGAGAAAACCAUUUGGUUAUGGAGUGGUAAAAAAAGUCGAAUCACUGUUGCAAACAAGGCUCGCCUCUUUGCUGAAAGGAUGAACAAACGUGACAGAAAAGGAGCGGCCGCCAUUGAGAAUUGUUCCCAAAGUCAAACACCGGAAGAGUUUUGGCUAGCUUUGACCGGAGUAUCAACCCCACCAGAAGAUCCAAUUGUUGAACACGUUCCUGAUGAUUUUGUCCCAGAAAGGAUGCGACUUUAUUUGGUGCAAAUCGGAAUGGGUUUCUUGGAGUUACCGCAAGUCGAACUCAAACACGGAGUUGCUAAACAAGAAAUGCUUCAAACAAAAUGCGUGUACUUACUUGAUUGCUCAUCAGAUGUCUACCUCUGGACUGGGAAAAAGGCGGGGCGAUUACUGAAAAUGGCUGGACAGCGGCUCUUGACGGAAUUGUACAAAAUGUUGCAACGGCCGGAACACGCUGAAAUCAUUCGAGAAAACGAAGGAGAAGAAUCGACAAUGUUCCGAUCAAAGUUUGCCUCAUGGGAUGAUAUCAUUCCGGUUGACUUCACGAGAACCGCUGAUUCCGUACAAAGACGAGGUGCCGAUACAAAGAUUAUUCUCGAGCGCGAUAAGAUGAAGACAGACUUGACUCAUCUUUUCCUCGAACGAAAUCCACCGAUGUCCAGUACGGAUAGCGAAGAACUGUUGAAAGAAUGCAAUGAAGAUCUUGAAUUGAUUGAAGGAUUUGUUUUGGAAGGAAAGAAGUUUGUGCGUUUGCCCGAACAAGAAUUUGGAACUUUUUAUACAACCGAUUGUUACGUUUUCUUGUGCAGAUAUGCGGUUUACGGUGAUGACGAUACUGACCUCGAAGAUGAAGAGGAAGCACCUGACGAGAAAGCUGACGAUUUCAAAUGUGUCGUUUAUUUUUGGCAAGGACGAGAGGCGAGCAAUAUGGGAUGGCUUCACUUCACGUUUAGUUUACAACAAACAUUUGAACGUCUUUUUAAAGAUAAACUUGAGGUGGUUCGUAUGCAUCAGCAGCAGGAAAAUCACAAAUUCCUGGCUCACUUCAAUAAAAAGUUCCUCAUUCGAUCUGGGAAACGACGCCCAGCGAAAGGCGAAAAACCUGUUCCAAAAGUUGAACUUUUCCAUAUGCGUGCAAACGGAUCCUCAUUGUGUACGAGGACAAUUCAAGUCAAAGCGAAAGCCACUUCAUUGUGCUCGGGCUUUUGCUACAUUUUGCACUACGAGCCAACCGAGGAAAUGGUAGAUGACUUAGAAAAAACUUGGGUCUGGAUUGGAAAUGAGAGCGAUGUGAACGAGCAUACACUUUUACAAGAGAUCGCUGAAAAAAUGAUUCACCAAGAAGAAACGUCUGUGGAAAUUAUCAAAGAAGGUGACGAACCUGAAGAGUUUUGGGAACGGCUAGGAGGUCACAAAAGAUACAAGACUGAUGCAUCGUUUAUGAACUACACGCGUCUCUUCCGAUGCUCGAAUGAAAAAGGCUAUUUCUCUGUAUCUGAAAAGACUGUCGACUUUUGUCAGGAUGAUCUCAACGACGAUGAUGUCAUGAUUUUGGACAAUGGCAUAAUUGUAUACCUUUGGCUUGGCUCAAAGGCGUCUGAUGUGGAGAUCAAACUUUCAUACAAAGCCGUCAAUGUUUACACGGCCCAUCUUCGAAUGAAACAACCGGAUCGACCUCGUACAAUAAUGGCCACGCUCAAGGGCCGUGAAACACACCGAUUCACGAAAUGUUUUCAUGCAUGGGGAAAUCACAAGAACUAUGCGGUGGAA